GCUCCCGCUCGUCCCACUCGUCGCCAACCCGUUCAACGUUCAAAGUCUUAUAUUGCUUUCAUUGCACCCCUCUCCUUCAUUUCCCUUCAAUUUUGAUUUCUGUCGUUGCGAACCAAAAAUAUGUCGAACGUUCCUACCUCACCAAGUGCCGAGAUCUCAUCCACGUCCCUCAAGCGGACUAAGAUCGUACUGCUUGGUGACCAGAGCGUAGGCAAGACCAGUCUUAUUACCCGGUUCAUGUACGACACGUUCGAUAACACUUACCAAGCUACCAUCGGCAUCGACUUCCUCAGCAAGACCCUCUACCUCGACGACCGGACAGUACGUCUCCAACUAUGGGACACCGCCGGUCAGGAGCGGUUUCGAUCGUUGAUCCCAUCCUACAUCCGGGAUUCGACAGUAGCCAUUGUCGUGUUCGACAUUACAAAUCGAGCGUCCUUCAUGUCGACCACAAAAUGGAUAGACGACGUACGGUCGGAACGGGGAAACGACGUCAUGGUCGUCCUCGUCGGUAACAAGGCUGAUCUCUCGGACAAACGACAAGUGACACUAGAAGAAGCGACGGCAAAGUCGCAACAGCUGAACAUCAUGUUCAUGGAGACCUCUGCCAAAGCCGGACACAACGUCAAGAGCCUCUUCAAGAAGAUUGCUAUGUCGUUACCUGGGAUGGAGAAGGAGAACCAAAACGCGGAGCCAAACGCCAAAAUCGACGUCACCUCACCGCAAACGGCAGAAAUCCCAGAGGCAUCCCAAUGCCAAUGUUAAUACCUCAUGCCAUCCGAUCGUCCACUCAUCAGAUCCUGGCCAAUCGUGUACAGCCGUAUACCAAUGACUAUUUACGCGCACUGACGAGCGGGACGGAUAUCUGACGAAUGCCACGAAUCACGAUGCAGGGAAGCUAGAGUUUGGGUUUGAGGGUCGCGGGGUUGGGGAGCUGUGGGGACUUAGCGCGGGUGGACGUCUAUCUGGAGUUCUUUUUUUGUUUUUGUUUUUUGUUUUUUGUUUCUCUCCAUUCUUGCGUUUCUCCGAUUUUACUCUCUUAAUGCACCCUUUCUAGAUAUCAUAUAUCAUACCUCGAUUUGUUCGGUCUUAGUUUCUUGUCUAGCUUCCAACUCAGUCUUAUGGACCAUACCAUGCAUCCGUCCG